UGGCCAUCGUCGUCCCAAAUUCGUUCUUGCAAUGGAUGAAUCUUUCAGAGUGAGGAUCGACAAGGUUUUUGGAUCUCUUGCGUCAUCAUCUGCGUCUUCAGCACCUGUGAGCUCUCUCUGGUGUCUCGCCGAAGACGAGAUCGAUAACAACCAACGAAGUGGAGAAAAGGAAAUUUCUGAAUCCGAGCAGGAGAAUGAAGUAGAAGAUUUGAGCGUAGAUGAGGAAAAAGGAAAGUGUAGUGAAUUGCAGAAGCCGAGCGAUUACGAUGAAGAGGAGUGGGAGAUCAAAAACUCCAUUGGGAUGGACUCUACUCUUGAUAUGGAGGAAGAAGAAGAUGAUAAUGACAAAGUGGCUUUAGGUGAAAAAGUGUACUCUUGCAUGAAGGAUGUGAAUGACUAUGAGACUGAAGCAGACGAGUGGGUGGAGCUUCCAGCUUCUUUCAAUGAAAGAGAGAAGGACCCUCGAGCAAAUCUCAUUGCUGCAAAGCUUAGGCUUAAAGAAGACGCUGAAGCUGUUCACAAGUUGAAUUCUUUACAUGUCUCUGAGGAACUUCAGGAUAAUCGGUCCAUGUCGACGGAAAAUGAGAAACCUCUGGUGGUGUCUGAAGAUAACUUGUUGGGGGCUUGCAAGGAGUCACAUGUUGGCUCUGCAGAUGAUACUGGCCUGAAACCGAUAUUGAAGAGGAAAGAAAACCAGGCUGAUGAUUCUAAGUUGCAGAAGCGUGUUCGGUUUAGUUCUGAUGUCAAAGAUAGUAACUUGGCGGAAGGUGACAAAGAUUCUGUGAUGGAGACUAGUUCCCCCGACGAACAUAAAGUAGAGGCAGACUAUCCGAUUGGGAUUCCUGAUUAUAUGCAGAACCCAUCAAAAUACACUCGAUAUACAUUCGAUUCAGGUGAGGUUGAUGAAGAAUCCAACCGGAAAGCAUACAUGGACUUUCUCAACAUGAUUAGGAGGAAAGAUGAGCCUCUUGUAGACCCUCUGGUAGAGCUUCCAAGAUCAGUGGCUUUUGUACCAAAGAAAAAACCAAUGGCUGAAAGUAAAGUAGAAAAUAUAGAGAAGGAUUGUGAGGGAAGAAGAGUUGCAAUAGCUGUUGAUACCAUAGAAGACUGCACCAUUUCUGCUAUGGAAGAAGAUGAACCAGAAACAGCUACACAUGUCAUAAAAAGACCUGGCCGACAGUAUCGAGCCAGAGCUAAGGAAGAUCCAGAGGAAUGUUGAAGAUCAUCAAACUUAUCUUGCUAAUUUGUUACUUUUUCUUUAUAUUUCUUGAAUGUGGCAUUUGAAUAGGUAUUGGGUGAUAAAGAAAUCAAAUUUGCUUCG